AUGUAAAUGGCAAGGAUAUUGACGGAUUGACAGUGCUGCACUAUGCUGUUAGGCUUAAUAGAUUAGAAAUUGUCAAGUAUUUAGUUGAACAGGGUGCUGACGUGACUCUGAAAAGUAAAAGCAGCGUUCAUACUCUUGGCAUUGACAUCCUGAAGAUGGCUGUUGCGAAGAAUUCAGUUGUUUUGGUCAAUCUUCUGUUGGAAAAGAACAUCGCUGUGUGGAGAGCUGGAACAUUUCUUGUUGAAGGAAAGCAAAUUAGUCUUCUUGAAUGGAGUAUUCACCUUGGUCAUGAUGAAAUUACAACCAUCCUCAAAAGAUCCGUAAAUCAUCGUGAGAAAAUUCAGAUGUUGAAAACAAUGAAUUGCAACCAGUUAAAAGAGUUUGUUCACAUCAAUAAUCUAAAGUUGAUCUGCCGCGCCCACCAGCUUGUUCACGAGGGUUACAAAUACAUGUUCGAUGAGAAGUUAGUCACGGUUUGGUCUGCACCCAACUACUGCUAUCGCUGUGGUAACAUAGCAUCGAUCCUAGCCUUCUCCGAUGCAGACACCAAAGAGCCGAAGCUGUUUAAAGCUGUGGCUGAUAGCGAGAGGGUCAUUCCAAUGUUUACGUAA